AUGUCCAAGCUCAUUACUGUUUUCGGUGCCACUGGCAAUCAAGGUGGCUCGGUCAUCAAGCAUCUGCUAGCCGAUUCCACCAUCAUGCAAUCUUUCAAGCUCAGAGGUAUCACCAGAGACAUCUCAAAGCCGUCUGCAAAGGCUUUGGCAGCCAAGGGCGUCGAGCUCAAGAGCGCUGAUUUGAACGACGAAGCCUCCGUCGCUCAAGCUAUCAAAGGCUCACACACAGUUUUCCUUGUCACAAACUACUGGGAAACUGCAAAUCCAGCUACUGAGAUCGCCCAGGGAAAAAACGUCGCUAAUGUGGCUAAGAAAGAAGGGAUCUCACAUCUUAUCUUCUCCUCCUUGCUCAAUGUCACCAAAACCAGCAAGGGUAAACUCGCCCAUGUCCCUCACUUUGACGGCAAAGCAGAGAUUGAGGAGUAUAUCAAGGAGACCGGUGUCCCUUGUAGUUUCAUCCUGCCAGGCUACUUCAUGUCCAACUUGAGCCAGAUGUUGCAGAAAGGUGAAGACGGGUCUUUGACUUGGGCAUUGCCCAUCAGCGAUGACGCAAAGUUCCCUCUCUUCGAUACGGCUGAAGACACCGGCAAAUUCGUCAAGGCCGCCAUCAAGUCUCAAAGUCCUCCUUCCGGCAAGCAAAUCCUCUGCGCUACCGACUACUACACUCCCAAACAGAUCCUGUCAGAAAUUGAAGAAGUGACCGGCAAGAAGACAAACUUCUACAAGAUCUCAAGCGAACAGUACAAGUCAUACCUUCCCGAAUUCAUGGCUGAAGAGAUGCUCGAGAACCAUUUGUUUAUUGAGGAACCUGGAUACUUCAAUGGUGCUAGUCUUGAUGAAAGUCUUGGUUUGUUGGAGGAGGCUCCUGUUACUUGGAAGGAGUUUGUGAAGAAGAGUGGUGAUUUCAAUUGA